AGUUAGUCUAGUCGAAUCAAAUUUAAUUUCGUGCAUGAUUCAAAUCAAAUAUACUCGAUUCGAUUAAUGUCGGUUAACAACUCUAUGUCGAUUACAAAAAGCUGGUGCAAGUCGAGUAAACUUUUCCAAUUCAGUAAACCUCAAUAAAAACAGAUUCGGUAAACCUCAGUAAACUUUCGACUUCAAUUCGAAUUUUCAGUAUUUGUGGGAAUACAAUGUUACAAAUCCCAAUUGUUUUUCGCAUGCCAACAUUUUAUACAAAAACAUUGACGAACAUAAGUAGAUUUAGUUAGUGAAGACAACAAUGGCGGAAACUUCCAGCUGUGAUGAAACCACUCGUCUUCCUUAUAAGCUCAUGCUUUCUUGCCCUUAUGGUCUCUCUCCUUCUCAGGUUUCAGUGAUUUUUGAUAAAGCAUAUGAUAGAAUCCCUCAUCCUGAUCAGAAUCUCGAGAAUUCUAUUGCUGAGAUUUGGGAUCGAAGAGUUCAAAAAAAUCCAUCAUUGUUUAAUGGGAAGAAGUUCAGAUAUGGUGGACAUGCGUUCCAUAUUGAUAAUGUCUGUGAUGGUGAUCAAAAGCAAGGCUGUCAUGUGUACUUGCACCUUGGUUUGACUGAUUACAGGACUUUCGUGGGAACAAACUUAAAUCCAAUGUGGGAAAAGUUUCUAGUUCAAUCAGAAGAUGAAACUGUACGAUGUCAACACACAUCAAAUCCUCUGGGUAACGGUGCAAUUGUAGAGACUUCUGAUGGAAAGAUUCUUCUGCUGAAACGAAGUAAUAAUGUUGGGGAAUUUCCCGGACAUUUUGUUUUCCCUGGUGGACAUCCAGAGCCGGAGGAGGUUGGAAUCAUGUCUCACGAUAAUGUGGUCCCUGAAUCGCUUAGUACAAGAGUUUCCUUGGAGAUGUUUGAUAGUAUCAUUCAUGAAGUGGUAGAAGAAACUGGAAUACCAGCCAUAUCCUUGGCCAAGCCAGUUUUUAUUGGUAUAUCAAGAAGGGAGAUGAAUGUGCGACCUACUGCUUUCUUCUUUAUAAAGUGCUCGCUCGAGUCUAAAGAAGUUGAGAAGUUGUAUGGCUCUGCGCAGGACGGCUUCGAGUCUACUCAUCUUUACGCAAUUUCGAAGGAUGAACUGGAUAGCGUUGCAUGGAAGAUGCCGGGAUGCCACCAUGGCGGCGUUUCUCUCUACCGAUUGAUGUUGAACACUGUGGGUGGUCGUCUUCCUUAAACUUACUCAAAUUCUUGUUACAUUGAAUAGGUUAACAAAACAUAUUUAAUUUUAUAGACUUUCAAUAAUAUUAGUUCGUAGUUUAUUUCUAAUAUCAAA